AUGCAUAAGAAGAGGGGAACAGGGCGUGGGCUCGGUGCACGCCUCCCCCAAGCACCUUGGCCGGCCCGCGCCAAGACUGCCCGCGAGCCGGCCUUGGCGCUUGGAGGUGGGCCGGUUCGCUGGCGUACCGGCCCUCCUCCAAGUGCCAAGGCUGGCUCGCGGGCUGUUGGCCUUGGCGCUUGGUGCGGGCGCCGGUCUGCCCCCAAGUGCCAAGGCCGGCUCGGGCCAAAUGCCCGGGCCAGGCACUUGGCAGCGGCGGUGCUGGGCAGCAGUGGCCCUAGGCAGCAGCACUGCGCUGGGCGUGGCAUGGCAGUGGGCAGCGCUCGGCAGCCCUGGGCAGUGGCGGUGCUGGGCAUGGCGUGGUGUGCGCAGCGUGGCGGCGCUGGGCAUGGCGUGGGCGCGGGGGCGCUGGGUGCGGCGGCGCUGGGCGGGGAGGAGAGGGAGUGGAGGAGAGGGAGUGGAGGAGAGGGAGUGGAGAAGGAGGAAAAACUUACUCUUGGCGGCAUUCUGUUCCCGCAGUCACUCUCAAUCUCCCGCGAUACUUUCUGUAAAACCCUAACGCCGGCAGCUGCCCUAACCCUAACCUAA